AUGCCGGCCGAUCCGCUGGCCGCGCAUUCCACAAAUCGUCGGAGCCCGAUGGAGCGGACCUCCCCUCAGCCGCCCAUGGCCUACCUCCAUCCAUCGGCCCCUACAAAGAGUCCGAGGAUGCGGCGGCUGGCAUCGAAGCUAUCUAAUAUUGUUAUUUCGUUGGACCCGCCGUCUCCACCGUCGGCGUCUCCAUCCCCUUCGCCGAAACCGACGAAUGAAUUCUCGCAAAUGACCUUUCUGCAGGUGCCGGGCCUCGAUUCGAUCUCAUACGAGGAAGCUCCUCGUGUCAGCUCCCCGCCACCCGACCGUCGCUGCUCCUACGCAUCCACCUACUCCACCAUGUCGGACACCUCGAUUCCCCUCAGUGGCAGCUACCAGAGCCUGCUCUCCCCCCAGUGGACCUCGGUCAAAUAUUAUUCUGACGACUGUGAGACGCCGCCCGAAUACGCCACCCCGGCCACCCCGUCGCUGAACAGACCGCGGAGCGCUCAGAGCACCCCUGGCGAGAACAUCCACGUACCACCGGUGCUGCUCUCCCCCGUUCUAUCAAGGCCCAUCCGAAGCUCGUCAGCGGCCAGCAGCCCACUACCAACUCGGCAGCAACAAAAUUCCGACUCUGACGGUGACUUCUCCCCGUGGCGAGCUCGUAGAUCAACCGGAGGGCUGAUGCGGGACCGACCGGGCUCGCGCGGCGGUUCUCGCCCCAUGACUCCCACAGUCUCGCCCACCAUCAUGCAGCGCAGCACCAGCGGCAGCAAGCUGGCAGCGGUCUACGGUCAAAACCGGCAUUACUCGUCCGGCUCGGGCACCCUUCUACCAUCAAGGGCCCUCGUUACAAGGACCGACUCCGAUGUGACAAGAAUUCAGCGGAGGCGCAGCCGGCGCCGUCCAUCAUUCGGGCGCAGUCGAGGCAUGUGCUCGGAGACGUCGGUCGACUCGUGCUCCUCGUCGUCGUCGAAUUUGUUGCGAAUGCGCUCAUCCCUCGGCCACUCGGAUCCCCAGCUCAGCCACAGCACAUCGCCGACCAGCACGCAAACACUGAACCCGACCGCUUCCACUUCGCAAGUCCGGCUCCGGAAAGAUGUACUCUCCCAAUCGAGUCGCAGCUCCGCAGCCCGGCGGUCGCUGAACGCCUCGACGUCGCCGGUGUUGGUGCCGAGAUGCCGAUCGCCGGCCGGACGGGGUCUUCUGCCCCAGUCCUCGCACCAGUCCGGAUCCUCUGGAAGUCAUCAUACUCGAACAACGGCGCCUGCAGUUUCUUUGAGAUCCUAUUCCCAGCGAAACGGCAGCGCCCUGAUGGCCCCGCACGCCGACCAUCGUCGUUGGUCACUCGCCAGUCUGCCCUCAACAAGCGGCUACGGCACCCCGGGCAGCAAUUCCGCCUUUUCCGUCGGAUCCUCGAGCCAAUAUUCUUCCUCCGAGCAGCUCUGCGAUAUGGUCGAGGGGCUGCGAGUCGGAGGAGCCCGGUUCGAUUCUGGCGACAGCGUCCCGUCCGCUUCCCACGAUGACACCUUUUUGGGCUUCCGGCCGAGGAGUCGCAGUUUGACUAGCCCCGUGAAAUUCGGCAUGGAGUUCAACACCGAUAUCCUGAAUCGAAACAGCGUCUACAAGGAGCGCUUCCCCAAGGCCAAGCAACAGAUGGAGGAGCGGCUGUCCGCAUUCAUUUCUGAGAAUGCCCCGCUGUCCGGCGGAGCCAGCAUCGUGGAACCCGAGCAAGGCGUCGACCUACGACAUCAGCGACGGAGUAUGGUCCUAACAGCAGAAACGAGCGCCGAUCCCAAGUUGCUACGCUUGAUUGCCGAUGGAGCCACGCGUUUUCUGCAUCAUCAGAUUGUCGAAAUUGCCGCGGACUGCCUAGCCCGAUCCAGAGAUGACACAAUCACGUGCAGUUAUUUCUGCGAGAUGAGCCAGCGGUUGGACGAGACACUGGGAGAAGCCGGCCAAAAGACUUGCUCUGAAUCACAGACUUACCUCAACAAACUCGUCAAAAAUCUACUGAUGAUCGUCUCGCGGCCCGCCCGACUAUUGGAAUGUCUCGAAUUUGACCCUGAUGAAUUCUACCAAUUACUCGAGGAAGCAGAAGGCGUCGUGCGUGAACAACUCGGAUCCGGGACUGCCCGUGUGCCAGAUAUUCCACAAUAUAUCAUCGGCAAGCUCGGCCUGGAUCGCGAUCCAAUGAUGGACGAAGAUCGGACCGCCGACUCGCCGCCCGCUUCCGAGCCCACAUCAUCGCGUGAAGCCGAAAAGUCUCGUGUCGUCUGGCCACCCAUGGAAAACAAGGCACCCAGCGAAGACGACUACGAAACUAUCCGCCUCGUCUCGAAUGGAGCCUACGGUGCCGUGUACCUCGUCCGACAUCGCGAAACCCGGCAGCGUUUCGCACUGAAGAAGAUGAACAAGCAGACGCUGAUGAUGCGCAACCAGAUCGACCAGGUCUUUGCCGAGCGUGAUAUCCUGACGAUGGCCGACAACCCGUUUGUCGUGUCCUUCUACGGCUCGUUCGAGACGCGGCACCAUCUUUGCAUGUUGAUGGAAUAUGUCGAGGGAGGUGACUGUGCUUCACUGCUGAAAAAUGCAGGCACGCUGCCGCUGGAUCUGACCCGAUUGUACGUCGCGGAGACGGUGCUUGCCAUUGAGUAUCUCCAUUCCUACGGAAUCGUCCAUCGAGACUUGAAGCCGGACAAUCUGCUCAUCACCGCGAUGGGACAUAUCAAAUUGACCGAUUUCGGCUUGUCGAAGAUCGGGUUGAUGAACAGGACGACGCUGGUCUGCGAGACGGAGGCUGAUGCGCAACAAUUCAAGGAUAAGCAGCUAUGUGGGACACCAGAAUACAUCGCGCCCGAAGUGAUCCUUCGUCAAGGCUACGGAAAACCCGUCGAUUGGUGGGCCCUCGGCAUCAUCCUCUACGAGUUCCUCAUUGGCAUUGUCCCGUUCGUCGGGGAAUCACCCGAAGAUUUGUUCAACAAGAUUAUAACUGAGGACGUGGAAUACCCUGACGGAGAGGACGCGCUUGUUGCUGAAGCCGAGGAUCUGAUCCGGCGGCUUUUGGAGAAGAACCCGAUCUAUCGUCUCGGCACAUCCGGUGAUUCCAAUGAGAUCACUGUGCAUUUGUUUUUCUUGGGCCUGGACUUCCAAUCGCUGCUCCGGCAGAAGGCAGAGUUCGUGCCACAACUGGAAAACGAUGAAGACACCUCGUAUUUCGAUACACGCGCCGAUCGGUACAACCACGAUGCGGAAAGUGGCGGCGAGGACGAUCCGAAUGGCCCAUCGAUGGCUGGCUCGGCUCACAUGUUCCAGUCAUUCAGUACGGCUUCUCCCCGACAUUCGAUCGUCGGCAUUGACCCCGCCUUCCUGCCGUCAUUAUCAAAAGACGGUUCGACUUCGCCGCUCCCCAUGCAGAUCCCCGAUAGAUCCCGCAAACCAUCUCAACAAAGCAGCGAGGACCAGUCGACCUGCGACAGUUUCGACUUCCAAGAGAAAUACGCCGACACCCCGCCAAUCCCAUCGGCCGUCCUUUUACGCCGACGAUUCUCCUCCCAGCGCCAGGCCAACCUGUCCACAUCAUCUUCCGGAACGACCGGAACCGGCGUCGAACGCGGAUCCGGGACGGCUUGCAGCAGCACGGAUAGCAGCAUGGAUGCGUCACACGUACUCGCUGGCCACCAUGCCCAUCAUCCACUCGCCGAGCAGCGCCGGUCCCCCUUGCCCCGAUUUGCGAUCAGCUGUGAUCCGGACGAGGAGACGACGGCUGGGCGACAUCGGGAGCGGCCGAAGGAGUUGAGCCCAGUGGAGGAAGCGGCAAGAAAAACGUCCGAGUCUGCUGCACCGCUCCAACUCGUCAUCCCAUCGGCGUGCUCGGGCGGAAAUUCCUCUUCCCACUCCCCGGCUCACUCGGUGUCCUCGACUUCGUCUGUUGAUGGCACAUCACCAGCGACUACCUCGACGGCGCAACCGGAACAGACUGUCAGCAAAACGAUCGUCAUCCGCAAGGGACCGCUGGGCUUCGGCUUCACGAUUCGCUCGGUUCGCGUGUACUUGGCCGAGCAUUCCGAUUACUACAAUAUCGAGCAUAUGGUGACCGCCGUCGACGAGGGCAGCCCUUCCUACGUGGCUGGACUCCGAUCCGACGACCUCAUCACCCACGCCAACGGCCAAGAAGUCCACAACCUCCCCCAUCCCAAUCUAAUGAAGCUGCUCCUGAGCUGUGGCAAUGAAUUGACAUUGAGCUUGAUCCCGAUCUCGGCGACGUCAAUUCGAGCCGGCGGCCCCCGAAAGUCGGUGGGCAAGAUGGCGAGGAAGAAGCCGAAGCGACCGCAACAACGACGUGGCCCCAUGGAGAAGAAGGCCCGAAAGCCGAACAGUCUCUUGCGUCGUCUGAGUGGGAAGCGAGCUACGGAAGGGGGUGUGCUGCCUGGGACGAGCACACAGAAGCAGACAUUUAUGCCGAGAUCCGUUUCUUCCCAAGACGGCGUGAUCCUUGCUUCCGCAUCGGCUUCGCCCGGCAACUCUGGCUCUGGCCCUCAGAUGUCGGUCCCAGUGCCCCCACACAAACGACUGUCCGACGUCGGCAUCCGCGACGAGCCUCGAUCAUCUCCAUUGGUCAGCUCGGCGCGGCCAAGCUCCCUACACGGGCUCAAGCCCGGCAAGACGUGCCCACCGACGAGCUCUUCUGGAGCGACAAAGACGACGUCGUCUCCGAUUCCGGUAUCCCCAUUGGCACGGACUCCGCAGCCUGAGCAGCCACACAGUCCGACCAGAUCGCCCAGCCCGUCGAGCUCCAAAUUUCUGACAAAGAUGAACAAGCUGCUGCACAAGAGU